AUGAAGGCUAAGAAAGUUGACCAUCCCACUAAAACACCAAAGAAGAGCUCUUCGUCUGCAGAAAAAAAGAGCACUGCGAAAAUAAAAAGGAAAAACUGGAUGAAAGAGAAGUUUAAAAAGAAAAAGCCUCCACCGAAGAAAGAAGAAAAGGAGAAAUCCCAGAAAAUAUUACCCCCUAAAGAUGCCACACAGUUCUCUACAAACUGGAAGGCAUUACAAGAGGUUUGAUCUCAAUUUUUUUAUGCUGCUAAGUUAACAAAAUGAAUGAGAUUCUUUCACACCUAAUUCUUCCUGUUGAUUGUUUUCAUCUGUGCAUUACUUCUACAGAUUUUAAAGGUUUCUCAAGCAGAGAAGAAGCAGCCUGUACCACCCAAAGAGAAUGGCAUCCAACACAGAAAGGAGGCCAAAGACAGUCCCUUACAAAAUAUGUCAAAGAGCAAGGCCCCACCUCCACAGACAGAAGCGGGGAAAAAAGUAAGGCACAAAUCUGCUUCUGGAAGUUUUGUCUCAAAAGACUCUGAGGUGACCUCGAGGUUGCCUGCUGCUUCAGUGACAACAGGACAGUCUGCUGCUCCUAAAAGGGAAAGGGACGGUGAAAAGUUGCAUGAUGAGUUGCCAUCCAAGAAGAAGAAGGAGAAAACUGUGGUUGAAGAGCCUAAAGUUACAGAGUGAGUGCACAGCUCUAUUUUCCAGGGCCCGACCGAUAUGGAUUUUUCGGGGGCGCUGCCAAUUGGGGGGGGGGGGGGUGUUUAAACAUUUUAAAAGUUCUAAAAGAUACAUAUAUACUGUAGAUAUCUACACCGACUGAUCAAACUCAGACCAGAAAAGUGUUUUCAACUGCCCCCCACCAAUUACAGAUUAGUCUCAAAUGGGCUAAAAUUGGCUGAUUUAAUUGGCUCGCCGAUAAAUUGGUUGGGCCCUACUAUUUUCUGCCAAUAUUUAGGUCAGGGAGAAGUGUGGAUGCUGACUGUAUCUUUGUUUUGUUGUUGCAGGGAGGACCUUUGGUUUGAUGAUGUGGACCCUGAUGACUUAGAGGCUACAGUGGGAGCAGAGGCAGCAGAUAUAAUGAGGAAGAAACAGGGAAUUCGCAAGAGUAAUGACACGGAGAGCGCUCUGGUCAAAGAGAAAGCCUUUGAGGGGUGAGUGACAACAGAAGUGAUGUUUUAGUCCUAUAAACCUGCUUCAGGUGGGUUCAAACAAAAAGUAAAUUCAAGUACAAAACAAGAAGUAUUAUGCAAAAUGGGGUUGCUAAAAAAUCUGUUGUUCAAUAAUUUUAAAGCCCGCUUGUUGGAAAACAAUAAAGUCUGAAAAUAACGAGUUUGACUGUGACAAAAGUGGCAUACACGGUUAAAAACAACAACAAUAUGAGAUCUGCUGACAUUUCAAACUCACUGAUCUCAGAAAAAGAGGUGAGCUUGAAAAUAGAAUCUCUCUUUCUCUCUUUCUGUGAUUAAAAUACACUUGAAGAUAUAAGACAUGAAUGAAAAUGUCGGUGUUUAAAAGAACAGAUAACAGAUCUGCCCACUCUCCCUACUUAAACUCUUCUGGCAGUUCUUCACAGCAGCUGACAAUUUCUCUUAACGCCCUUUUUGCCAUUUGCCAAAUGUCAGCCUCACCAAAGCCGUGGCCAUCGAUUGCGAGAUGGUUGGAGUUGGUCCCGAUGGAGAGGACAGCAUACUGGCGCGUGUGUCCCUGGUGAAUCAGUUUGGGAAAUGCAUCUAUGACAAAUUUGUGAAGCCCACAGAGAAGGUGACAGACUACAGGACAGCUGUCAGUGGUAUCAGACCAGAAGAUAUCAAACAUGGUGAGUCACAGACAAAUUGUAACAAGCAAUGAACUGUUAAAUGAGGAAAUGAAUCAAGUGGGGAUUUCUUUUCAAAAACAAACCCAAAGCAGUCUUGAGGAACUGUUGUAACAUAACUUUACCUUUUUGCAGGAGAGGACGUACGGACUGUGCAGAGGGAGGUUGCAGCGAUCCUACAAGGCAGAGUAGUGGUUGGACAUGCUAUUCACAAUGACUUAAAGGUAAUCUGGAUGUAACAACCGGGAAGGAACUUAAAUGAGCUUUAGAUAAAGUUUCACACUCUUCAACUAUUUUAAACUUUGGUUUCAGAUUUUGCUCUUGGAUCACCCAAGAAAGAAGAUUCGGGAUACCCAGAAGUACAAACCAUUCAGGAAGACUGUAAAGGUACUUACACUGCUAAAGAUGUUGUGUAUAUGAAGCCCUAAAUAAGACCUCACAGAAUCUGAGAACCAUUUCUCAAAAUCAGUGUAAACAGUGUGACUGAUUUCUGUUUAUUUCAGACUAACCGACCCUCACUUAAGCUCCUCUGUAAAGAUAUACUUAAUGUGAAAGUCCAGCAGGGUGAACAUUCUUCCGUAAGUCAUGAACACACACACAGUCCAGGUCUUACUUUCUUUUUAGUGUGUGAUGCAUCUGCUGUUUUAUAUUAAGACUGAUUCCCUGUCUCUCUCCCACGCUGUCCUCCAGGUCCAGGAUGCACAGGCCACCAUGCGGCUCUACACUCUGGUUAAAAAACAGUGGGAGGCUGAGAUAAAAGCAAAUCAAAACAACAAAGACUUAAACAAGAAGAGUGAGAGGAAGCCAAAGUUUCCUAAGAACAGGGGCAAGAAGAGCACAGGAUUAUGA